AUUGGCUCGAAUAGGGGAGGUGCAGACGCACCAACGCGCAUGAAAUAUGUAAAAUAAAGUGUAUAAAGGAAUUAAUUAAGCAUUGAAGUCAAUAACUCACCCAAACAAUCGUGGAAUAAGUCCACAGCCCAGGAGGUAGCUGUAGUAUUUAAAGUACGAACAAACUUUUAUUCGGAAUAUUUGAUUGUUCACAUAACAGCAGUAUCAUAAAAUAAACCAAUGAAAAUCGCCAAUACAAGAUUUUCUAAAUAUUAGCCAAUCAGCAGUAUCAUUGUAUUAGUCGUCGGAAAUAUAGCCGAAAAUCUAAAAUGUUGAAAAUUGCUCGAAAUAAUCACGAAUUGCUGAGGUAUGCAGCUCGUAGUGGUUGGAUCAGUUGUGGACAAGGGCAGGUUCGCCACCGCUCUGCCAAGAUGAACACAUGUGUAUUAUUUGUCCCACAACAGGAAGCUUGGGUCAUCGAAAGAUUUGGAAAAUUCAGCAAGACAUUGAAACCAGGGUUGAAUUUCCUUAUCCCCAUUGUGGACAACAUUGCAUAUGUGCAGAGUUUGAAAGAAAUGGCUAUUGAUGUGCCCCAUCAAAGCGCUAUCACAGCAGAUAAUGUUACUUUGAACAUUGAUGGUGUUUUGUACCUGAAAGUGGUGGAACCUGAAAUGGCAAGCUAUGGUGUUGAGGAUCCAGAGUUUGCUAUAACACAACUUGCCCAAACAACUAUGAGAUCAGAGAUUGGAAAAAUAUCCCUCGAUUCAGUUUUCCGUGAAAGGGAAUCUCUCAAUAUAACUAUUGUUGAUGCCAUUAACAUAGCAGCAGAGGCUUGGGGAAUAAAAUGUCUGAGAUAUGAAAUCCGUGACAUUACUCUACCAUCAAGGGUACAAGAAGCCAUGCAGAUGCAAGUAGAAGCUGAGAGGAAGAAACGUGCAGCUGUUUUAGAAUCUGAAGGUAUCAGAGAGGCCCAGAUCAACCAGGCUGAGGGCACCAAGCGUUCAGUUGUGUUAGAAUCUGAGGCUUUCAAGAUAGAAAAAAUAAACCAAGCUGAAGGAGAAGCCACUGCAAUGAUAGCUAAGGCUAAAGCCAGGGCAGAAGCCAUACAAAGGAUUGCCGAAGCAAUAGGGGAAAAGGAUGGUCCGAAUGCAGUGUCACUGAAUGUUGCUGAACAGUACAUCGGUGCAUUUAGUAACCUGGCCAAGGAGGGAAAUACAGUACUGCUACCUACAAACACUGGGGACAUAUCAUCCAUGGUGUCUCAGGCUAUGUCUAUAUAUAACAACCUAAGUCAGGCCAACACAACUGGAGGAAAGACGACCAUUAAUGCCAUUGAUGCACAGGACACUCGAGCGUCUAUUGAAUCAGAAGAUGACACUAGUAUUAAAAGUAACAAAAACAGAUUGAAAGAUGAUUUAUAGCACAAUUUGUAAAUAUGCAGAAGCAGGUUAACGUUCUUAUGAGAGGCAGAACAGAAUACACUUCAGAUGAACAAGACAAAUUAGUAUGUGAAAGUACUGAUGUGAAGAAUAUGUAGCUGCAAAACAAACUAUCAUUAUCAGAUACAAUAAUCUCAUUAUCAAAAACAUCAUCCAAUGUAGGACCCCGUCCCGGGGAAACAUUGCCCAUUUUGUAAUAAGCGCACAUAUUAAAUCUUGCAUAAAAGGAACUUCUUGUGAUUAUGUAUCAGA